AUGUGGUCAAAGUUGGCUCAUUCCUAUCCUGUCGAUUUGUUUUUUGGCUGUUUGAUUCCUAAGGAGACAAGACCCGUGCGCAUCAGUCCUGUGAGUAAGGCUGAGGCAAAACGCGAAAGACAGAAGCAAUGGCGUCAAAUGCGUGAAGAACGGCGAUCGACUCUCAGCCAAGUCACCGGUUUGGAUGUCUCCCAGAUCACGGAAAUGCUACUCAGUGAAGAAAGAUGGGAUGCGUUUGAGGAGUUCUUCCAGGCCGGUGGAUCACGUCGAUUGUUGUUCUUCUAUCAAGCGAGCACCAGUUCAGAGGGAACAACAAUGCCCGCGAAGCUGCUUAUCACUCACGGCUCACAUGAGUGCUUACGAGGCGUAUGCUACAUCUUUUUACGAGUAACUGAGAAGGCCCUCACUGUGGCCAAUAUUGCCAAUGAAGUCGUGUUCCAACAAUUGGAUGGCAGUGGAGGAAAUCUAGUCCAGUCACUUGUGGAUUACUUUGAGAAGCUGGUCAUUCCACUUUUGGAAAACAUGGACGAUUGGGGUACACUGGGCAAAACAGGUCAGUCUUCGGAUGUGGAUGAAUUUUUUGUCGGUGUACGGCGUUAUUUGGAAGCGAUGAACAGUGCCCGGGUGAACAUGGACGACAAAAUCGAUUUGUCCACUGAGGAGGAAUCUAAUUUGGUCGCACAACUGUCCAACCCGAACGAGUUGCCCAAUAUCGUCAAUAGUUUUGAAUCGAUGGAACGACUGAAUCGCCUGGUUCAAAAAUGGGGCAAUGAGAUUGAAAAGUUACUGAACCAGUCGGAGCAAAUUCGACGCGAAUCAGAUGAUAUUGGACCGUCGGUUGAAUUGGCCUAUUGGCGAGGUCGAAUGAUUCGAUUUGCCAAUCUAAUCGAUGAAAUGCGCACACCCCCGGUUCAAGCCGUCAUCAUGGCUUUGCAAUAUGCCCGUGCACGCAUCAUCAAAUACUGGAGACAACUGGACAAUCGAAUCACGGAAGCUGCCAACGAAGCAAAAGAUAACGUGAAGUAUUUGAGUACGCUGGAUAAUUUUCUCGGUUCUUUCAGCAACGCCACUCCGAGCAAACUGGGACAACAGAUCCCGGUUAUUUUGAACGCGAUACGAAUGAUCUACUGCAUCUCUCAGCACUACAACACGUCCGAGCGCGUCACUUCCCUGUUCGUGAAAAUCACCAAUCAGCUGAUUGGCGCUUGUCGACAUUAUGUUUCCCACGGUGUCAGUCGGAUAUGGGAUUUGCCUCGCUCCGUACUUUCAGCUCGAAUCAAUGAAUGCACUCAACUAAACCGGGACUAUCAGGAGCAUUUUCAUCGAGUGCGACGAAAAUUGAUGGAGAAUCCGUCGGGGAAGCAGUUUGAUUUUAGCGAGACGUACAUUUUCGGUAAAUUUGAUAUUUACUGUUCACAACUGAAAAACCUGUUAAACAUUUUGGAUUUGAUGGAUCGUUUCGGUGCGUUGAACGAUCUGAAGUUGGAAGGAGUGGAAAGUAUUGUGGCUCGAUACAAAACUCUGUGUGACAAUUUGAAGAAGCACAAUUUCGACAGUACCGAACAGAUGAAAAAAGAUGUUGAACGUCGGUUGAACAUUUUGAGCAAAUUUCGCAAACUUGAAUUCUGUCAAAUGGACCUGGACGCGAAAUACGCGAUCGUGUUGCGCGCUUUCUCCACCGAAUUAAACAACAUCGGGCAUUUGUACGAACAGCAAAAAGUGGAUCCACCGAUCGCGCGCAAUAUGACCCCGAUCGCGGGCAAGAUUUACUGGGCUCGGCAUCUCUUCUAUCAAAUCGAUACUCCAAUGCAACAUUUCAAACAUUCUUGUCCGGAUACACUCCUGACACCAGACGGACAGAAAUGUGUGAAGCAGUUCAAUAAAAUUGCCAACGUACUGGUCCACUAUGAACUGAUUCAUCAUCAGGCUUGGUGCCGUGCGAUGGAGGAAGGUCUGGUCGGCUUGUCUGCUUCUCUGCUCAUACGAAGUCCACAGACUGAGAAAUUAUUGGUCAAUUUCGAUGUGGAAAUUUGGCAAAUGACGUGCGAGGCGCGGUACAUAUUGAAAGAACUGAUUGCCGAAAUUGAGGAGAGCGAAGCAGAAAUCCCUACCCUACUUAUUCCAUUGUUUAAAACAUUCACAGACCGUGUACAACAUGCCUUAAGUCCGGGAUUGAGCAUCCUCACCUGGAGUACGACCAGCGUGGAAGAAUACAUGACCAAAGUCAGAGACGAGCUGGACGCAUUGCGACUAAUAACGAAACGUGCCUCAGACAUUCUCCAGUGUCGCAUUGACGAGGUACUCGACGAAAUGGCCCACACUAGUUUGUGUGAUCUACCGGAAAACGGACAGGUCACAUUGGCAGCGUUCCUGAAAAUCACAGAGGACACGGUAUACACAGCAACAAAACAUCUGGCCAGACUGAUUCUGGUGCACAAUUUAUGUUAUGAGAUAUGUCAGGCGAUGGCUGAUUCCUGUCUGUUUGAGACCGUUAAGGGAAGUGAAGUGGAAACUACUGUAUCCGAACUUUCUGUAUUCAUCUGCCUCUCAAUCUUAGGUGUCCCCCGCCCGGAGCCUUCAGACAGCAAAAGUAACUCAGUCGAACGUGCACUGAACGAAUUGAUUGAGCUGAUCAAAAAUCACAUGGAUCCGAAUCAAACUGGCCGUCUGUCCACGGAAGAAGGUUACGAAUGCUUACAGCACGAACGACGUCGUGGUCGAUGUCUCGAAUGUCAACCGUGCCAGUUUUUCUCCUUUCUAAAUACCUAUGCUCAACGAAAUACGGAAGCGUUAGUACUUUGCACCAAAAGAACGCUAGAGGCGAUCAAAUCGCGUAUGCAAAUCAAUGCGUCCAAAUACAAACGUGACUGGUCUGGACAGGAAGAGCAAUCACGAGUCCCGUUACUUGAAGUGAGCCUAAACUUGGCCAUCCCAAAUGUGGUGAUGCAACCGUCCCUGGAGGAGAUCCAAACCGGCCUGCAGAAAGCAAUCAAUCUGAUUUUGCGCACCUCCGAAGGAAUAAAGGUGUGGGAUCACAUGAUACUGAGUCAAAUGCAACAUCAAAAAGAAUUGGAUCGGAUGGCAGAACAACAGGGUGAGGAUACAAUGCGCGCCCAGAAUGCAGGCGGUUCCCCAAUCAAACCGCUCCAUCGUCAGAUCAGUGAACACAAGGACGUGAUCAAAGUUGUACUUCAACUGAACAAUAUUCUGAACGGAUUCAAAGAGGAAGUUGGCGCGUUCCUAAAAAGUCGUUCGAAAUAUUCGGAUUUGUGGAACACCGAUCCUCAAACAUGUGUAUCCGAGUUCAUGAAAACAAAACCGAUUUUGUCCGAGAUCAAUGCUCAAAUGAAACACUACCUCGUGAGUUAUCAGUCCCGAAAUAUGUCUGCGUAUUCUUCCAAUACCUGGUGUUUGUCUUCGUGA